UUAUAAUAAAACAAUAACAACAUUAAUAAGAGCACCAACAAAAAUCCAUAAGCAACAACAUGGAGAGCAUGUCAUCGUCAAUUGAACCCGUCGUUCCACGUACCGCCAAUUUGCUAGCCUGCAAACAAUGGUGGCGUGUUUGUUUCUUGUACGGCGAUCAGCAGAAAUAUUAUCGACAGGUUUACAGCAAGGCUGCGGCACAACGACUGGCCUUAUCAGCGGCCAAGUCCGCUUCGAUGGGCUUAACAAGUGAGCAAAAUAAUGAAAAUGACAAUAACAACAAUCCCGAGACAGAGUAUGAUACGGUGGCCAUAGAUUUUAUCGAGACGCAAUUAGACGAUGCAGACGACGCUGAAGAUGUUGAAGAUGCAUCCCGAGAUAGUAUGACAACAAUGACGAUAACAAACCAUAUUAAUGCGCCAUCUAAAACAACUGCCAAAGAACAACAGCAUCACCAAACGCCAGUGGCUUUAUUUCCCUCAAAAUGUGAAACAAAUGCCGAAGGCCAAAGCAAUAACAACGGCAGCAGUGGUGGCGGCAGUACUUUACGUAAAAGUAAGCGUCUUUUACGCUCUUUACGAGGACAUCGAAAGGGCGGUGGCGAUACAAAUAAUGAAACAACAAGUACAAGUACAAACGAAGCAAAUAGAGCACCCUCAGCCCACAACUCGGCUCCACGGAAUCGCCUGUCCAGUCACAAUUUGCGCGAUACAUUGGAGACACUUAAAACUUUAAGCCUUAAUAAUCGUCAACAGCAACCAACGACGACGACGACAACAACAACCACAUCCACGUUGGACAGUAGCCAAUUUGUGGCCGAACCCACUAAACAAAAUGCCAAACACACCCUGCUCGAUGAUCCGUUUCUUUUCGGCAUCGAUGAAGAUCAUUUGGGCGAUUUGAUACGGGGUAAAACGCUUCAUAAUUACACACCACCAACGGCCAUCGAAAAUGUAUCGAAGUAUUUUAAUUUAUUCUCUGAGGCAGAACAAGAUGCUUUGAAUAGUUUAAAUCCCGAAUGUAUGGCAUUGGAAAUGCUAGUCGAUGAAGAGAAGCCGGCACUGCCACCAAAACGUGGUGGAACACAAAAAUCAACAACAACGACAACAAAAUCUACAAAUAAUGAAUUACGACUCAGUGAAAGUGAUUUAGAAUUUUUAAAUUUAAAUUUAAGAAAUCGUAGUUUACCGCGUCACUUGCUAAAGCCCGCGAAGGAUCCUCAUGACAUUAGUUUUACAUUUAAAGAGGAGAGCGAGGAAGAAUGUAAGAAAGCGUGUGAACUCAAGGAAAUGGAAAAUCCGGGUACUAUUGUUGACGAUGGCGGCAAUGAUAAUGAACCAAUCAGUCGAACGCCGCUUACACAGGUGUCGUAUCUGCAGAAAAUACCAACAUUACCGCGUCAUUUUUCACCAAGUUCGGCAGUAUCAGCAGGGUCUGGUGGGGGACCAUCGGCAAGUUCAAACACACCACCACCAUUACCCCCGUUGGGAAGUCUAAGACAUCUAGGACAAAGUAAUGUCUCAACGUCAUCAACAGCCGCAGCGUCAUCAACUUCGGGGCCAAUGCCCAGUAGUUCGUCGGCUGGGGCUUUAUUUAAUCCUGCCGGUUUACCAACUUCGCCAUUGCCAAUGCAACGUCAAUACCUUCAACAACAACAUCAGCAGCAGCAGUUACAACAAACGCCUCAUUUGCCACCAUUACCACCACACCAGCAGCAGUUACAUCCUCAUCAUCACCACCAGUAUCUGCCACCACAUCUACAGACACAUCAGCAGCCACAGCAAACAUCAACUGCAUCGCCACAUCACCAUCAGCAACAACAACAGCAGCAGCACCAGCCAUCACAAUACUCACCUGCGGCAUCUGCAUCGUCAUCAAUCUCUAAGUAUUCCUCAUCAUCGCUCAAGCAUCCACCUCAUCACCAUCAACACCAACAACAGCAGCAGCAACAAACACAACAACAACAUCCACACCAACAAACCCAUCAGUUAUCACCGGCCAUAUCUUCUCCAUCACCGCCCUCUCUGUUACACCACCCAUCCGGCGGCUUCCAUGCACCCUUUAUGGUGGGACAACACCUCGACAUCCAACGACAAUCACAUUCAGAUGAUGAUAGUGGUUGUGCUCUGGAGGAGUAUACAUGGGUACCGCCGGGACUUAGACCGGACCAGGUGCGUUUGUAUUUCUCACAAAUCUCCGAUGAUAAAGUGCCAUAUGUCAACAGUCCCGGAGAACAAUAUCGAGUACGACAAUUGUUGCAUCAGCUUCCGCCGCACGAUAACGAGGUUCGUUACUGUCACUCGCUGACGGAUGAGGAACGCAAAGAACUUCGCCUAUUCUCCACACAACGUAAACGUGAUGCACUUGGACGUGGCAAUGUCAGACCACUGAUGAGUGCACGUCCCUGCGAUGGGUGCGAUGAUUUGAUUUCCACCGGUGACAUGGCAGUAUUUGCUUCGCGUUUGGGCCCAAAUGCCUCCUGGCAUCCUGGAUGUUUUGUAUGCUGCGUUUGUCGCGAAUUACUUGUCGAUCUUAUCUACUUUCAUCGAGAUGGACGACUCUAUUGUGGCCGUCAUCAUGCAGAAACUUUGAAACCACGUUGUUCAGCCUGUGAUGAGAUUAUCUUGGCCGACGAGUGCACCGAAGCAGAAGGACGUGCUUGGCAUAUGAAUCAUUUCGCCUGCCAGGAGUGCGAAAAACAAUUGGGUGGACAAAGGUACAUUAUGCGUGAGGGCAAACCCUAUUGUCUGCUCUGUUUCGAUGCGAUGUUCGCUGAAUACUGUGAUUACUGUGGCGAGGCAAUUGGCGUAGAUCAAGGACAAAUGAGUCAUGACGGCCAGCAUUGGCAUGCCACCGAUGAGUGCUUCUCUUGCAACACAUGUCGCUGUUCGUUGCUGGGACGUGCAUUCUUGCCCAGACGUGGUUCCAUCUACUGUUCCAUAGCCUGCAGCAAAGGUGAGCCACCAACACCGUCGGACAGCUCGGGCACCGGCAUGUAUACCACACCUACACCACCCACUCAGAGAGUAAGACCUCAAACGCGUAUUCCGUCAAGUCAUGCCUCAAGUUCGCCGCCAAUGUCACCUUUGCAACAGCAGCAGCAUCAGCAAAACUUCAAUAAUGCCAUGUAUCAACUGCAAAGUCAGCAAAUAGCGGCUGGCAUUUCGAACAGCAGCAGUGUGAAUGUUGUUGGAGGUUCCAAUGUGGGUUUGGUGGGGAUAUCCACACCAUCAGAUGGUGCUAAGCAAAGCUACCCCACUUCAGAUUCAGAUGCGGGGGUGGUCAAGGAUAUGGAACAUACUGCGGGUGAUUUUACUGACUUUUCAGGCGGCAUUAACUCGUCAUCGUCACAGAACAUGUCGCCAUUGACAUCGCCGGGAGAAUUUAACCAUUUGAUGCCAAAGCCCAUGGAACUGAAACAUGAGGGUCCUUAUAAUUUCAAUGAAAUGGCUCUCAAUUUAGAUUCAACCUGGCCAAAUAAGCCGAUGCUGUCGGGAGCCAACAGUUAUAACCUACAACGGCAGCUGCAUCAAAUAUCCGAGGUGGAAAACACGAAGACAUCCAGUAUGCCUGAGCUGUCGAUACAAACAAAUACUUCAUUACCUCAAAAUCCCAAUGCUAUGAACCCUCAAUAUGGCAACUGUCCGGAAUAUUCUCAGCCAUUGCAACCAAAUCAAACACAUGGUAUCACCUCGGCACCACCAUCUGAAGUUCCUGAUCUUCCAACGCCAAAUUUAUCGGUGGCUUCAACAGCUUUACCUCCCGAGUUGAUGGGAUCUCCAACAGCCUCUGCGGGUGAACGCUCCAUUGUGUCACAUCAGUCGGGUCAGUCUGGUACAAAUCCUCCCAUACAUCCAGUAUCUAUUCUGAGUGGAGCUUCGUCCUCAUCGCCGAUGAGUGGUGGUGGCGAAAGCAAAAAAGCCAAAGGUGUGCGAUUCGAAGGCAUACCCGCCGAUACUUUACCACGAUCUCGUAGUUAUUCAGGUAAUGGUGCGGGAACAAAUCGCGGCAAUGACAACAGCUCUGAUACAACACAACGACAUGGCGGUCACUCUUCCCGGCGACGAAGACGUCGAAAAUCCCAUCGUUCAGGCAGUGGUCAUCGUUCCAACUCCACAACUCGUGCUGACACCUACACCACAACACAACCACUGUCUUCCUCGUACCAAGGACCACCGUCAAUACUACAGUCGGCAGCGCUAGAUCCUACACGUCAUCAUCAUUCAUCACAAACUGUCAUGUCCAGUGGUCAACAUGAUGACGAUUCCGAUGAUGCGUCCAGUGUCUGCUCGACCUGUUCAUCCAGUUCGUCCAGUUCGGAGGAUUAUAUGAUGUAUCAACUGCCACAGCGACGUCAUUAUGGCGGUGUACGCGUUAGCUAUGUACCGAAUGACGCCUUGGCCUAUGAUCGCAAACGCAAGCCAUCCGAUCCGAACGACAAAGACAAGAACUGUAUCAUUUCGUGAUUUACAAGCAAAUGCGUGAGCAUCGAU